GACGUCACCGAGGCUGGGGACUCCUGGAGACUAUAAAGCGCGCCUUCAGCGCAGAUCUCAGCUGCUGCCUGGGAGCGCCUCCCUGGCCAGACCCAAGCUAAGAGAGUCUCCGGCGGAGCAGCAAACUCCCAAGACAAAGUGAGGCUACCGCUCCACGCCCUCUGCCCCCUCGGAGCAUCCCAGGGGGCGGUGCUCCCCCGACCUGCUACCAACAGUACCCGAGACCACCGUGCCCAGGGGACCAAGAACUUCGGGGGAGCCGGCUCUCGCUGCAGGGGAGCGUGGCAGGUCCCGGGCUGCAGGUGCUGACCAUGGCCUCGGUCCCCACCGCCGAGAGCGAGAGCUGGACUGACGGGGCGGCGGGAGUGGGGACCCAGGUAGGAAACCUGAGCUCCGCGCUGGGGGUCACUGAGUGGUUUGCGCUGCAGGCUGGCAACUUCUCCUCGGCGCUGGGGGUGCCCGUGACAUCCCCGACACCGUCCCAGGCCAGGGCCAACCUCACGAACCAGUUCGUGCAGCCGUCCUGGCGGAUCGCGCUCUGGUCGCUGGCCUAUGGCUUGGUGGUGGCUGUGGCGGUCUUCGGAAACCUCAUCGUCAUCUGGAUCAUCCUGGCCCACAAGCGCAUGAGGACCGUCACCAACUAUUUCCUAGUAAACCUGGCUUUCUCCGACGCCUCCAUGGCUGCCUUCAACACCUUGGUCAAUUUCAUCUACGCUCUUCACGGCGAGUGGUACUUUGGCGCCAACUACUGCCGCUUCCAGAACUUCUUCCCCAUCACAGCGGUGUUCGCCAGCAUCUACUCUAUGACAGCCAUCGCGGUGGACAGGUAUAUGGCCAUUAUCGAUCCUUUGAAACCCAGACUGUCUGCCACAGCCACCAAGAUUGUCAUUGGGAGUAUUUGGAUCUUGGCAUUUCUACUUGCCUUCCCUCAGUGUCUUUACUCCAAAAUAAAAGUCAUGCCAGGCCGUACUCUGUGCUAUGUGCAGUGGCCAGAAGGUCCCAAGCAACAUUUCACGUACCACAUUAUCGUCAUCAUCCUGGUGUACUGUUUCCCAUUGCUCAUCAUGGGUGUCACCUACACUAUAGUUGGAAUUACGCUCUGGGGAGGAGAGAUCCCAGGAGACACCUGUGACAAGUACCAUGAGCAGCUGAAGGCUAAGCGAAAGGUUGUAAAAAUGAUGAUUAUUGUCGUGGUGACAUUUGCCAUCUGCUGGCUGCCCUAUCACAUUUAUUUCAUUAUCACUGCAAUCUACCAGCAGUUAAAUAGGUGGAAAUACAUCCAGCAGGUCUAUCUGGCUAGCUUCUGGCUGGCAAUGAGCUCAACCAUGUACAAUCCCAUCAUCUACUGCUGUUUGAACAAAAGAUUCCGUGCAGGCUUCAAGAGAGCAUUUCGCUGGUGUCCUUUCAUCCAAGUCUCCAGCUACGACGAGUUGGAGCUCAAGACUACCAGGUUUCAUCCCACGCGACAGAGCAGCCUGUAUACCGUGAGCAGGAUGGAGUCAGUGACCGUGCUGUUUGACCCCAAUGAUGGGGACCCAGCCAAGUCCAGCCGCAAGAAGAAGGCAGUGCCCAGAGACCCCAGUACCAACGGCUGCGCCCGCAGAGAUUCCAAAUCCGCCUCCACCACGUCAAGCUUCAUAAGCUCCCCUUACACCUCUGUGGAUGAAUAUUCCUAAACCCAUGUCCUGAGGUGAAGGCUGUGGCGAGGCCACAGUGAUGCCAGCCUAGGUCCCCCAUUCUCCUAACCAUGCCAAGUCCCGUUCUAGGUACUUUAGGGAAGCAGAAAGGCAGUUCUUAGAUGGGGAUACUUAAUCCCAGAAAUGUGGAAUAUAAAUAUAGCAAAUCUACCAACAUAUCCGCCAUCACAAAGAAAACAUGGUCUUCAGCUUGCUCUUUAAAAACUAAAUGAUCACACGCAACAAGCACAGAGCAUGAAUCUGAUAAAUACCCUAAAGCAGCCAGUGUCUUUCCUUUAACAAUGGCAGUGCGCCUUUAUGACACAGGAAGAGGAGAGGAGAGGAUGCAGUGCUGAGCAAAGGGGAACAAGGCCUCUAUAAAGCAGCGGAAGUUACCACUUGCUGUGAAGUAGAAAGGGCAAAUGACUGACGUUCCCACGCAAGGGAUGGGAAAUCAGCCGCAAAGAGUAGGAAGAUACGGAAGUCUUUGCUCAAUGAGAUUCAUUCUGUAGAAGGAAAACUUUCAGAAGUUCCCUCCAAGACAGUUAGCAGAAAAGGAUAUAUAGCCGAAUCGUUGCCACACAUAACAUGUCCUUCUCUUGGUUAUUUUUCCCAAGAAAAUAAUUACAAAAGAAAAAAAAAAUGAUUUAACUUUGACUACUAGGUGUUUUGGGUUCUAAGCCAAGAUGUAGUCAAAUUUAGCACCUUAAAGUAAAAAGAAAAUUCUUAUGAUCAUCUUUAUUGUUCACCCUUUUUUCUUUAAUUAAGUCGAUUUUAACCACUGAAGAUACCUUGUAAUGUAGGAGAGGCUCACAUUUGCCUUUGAAACUCACUUCUUUGAUUUAGGAAACAACUGAACAGUACUUGUAAGUUAUCAAGCCAGACACUAGUACCUCCAGAUCCCCAAGCCAGCUGCUUUCCCCUGUAGUCCAAAGAAAAAGUCACAGUCUUCACUUUUAUUGGUUGUGUCAUGUUGUUCUCCUGCUCUUUCCUCACUGGGGAAAAGUGAAGGCCAGAGGUUGGGGGCCAGGAUAUCACAAUGUAUUUCAAGUGAAAGUCCAGUUACAAAAGGACAUAUUGAAAAAUAUUAAUACGUUUAUUGAUAAAUGGGAGAAGAGGCAGACCCGUAAGUAUCUGGUCAGAAAAGGAGGCUGUGUAAUGGUCUGGGGACAGGAGCUAAUUACAGACGAGUGAGAGCACAGCACACAUGGUUCCGGGCACAGGACUCUGAUUCUCUGUGCUUAGAUCAUGGAAAGUCCCUGCAGAAAGAAAUGAGGUGGUGACACUCAUGUGUAUGUGUAUGUGUGUGUCCCUUUCUACAGCUUGUCUGACUUACCUAAUGUAUAUUAGUAAUUUGGGGCAGUCUUCUCUCUUACCCUUACAACUUCUUCCCUUAUUAACUUAUGCCUAGAAUAUGUUGUGAUGUUGGCCCUUUCCAGUCAGGGCAUCUGUCACAUGUAGACACAUUUCUGAGGCCCAGAACGAAAUCAGGAACAUCUGGAAAUGUAGAACGUAUUUUCCAGAUUAUAUUCUUUACAGGUCACCUUUCCUUGGGUUGCUACAAUUGUCGAUUAAGUUCACAAAACCUCAAGCUUCCUGGGAAUGAGAUAUGUCCUACAAACUUGUCUUUUCCAAUAUUCAAGUGGGUUUUUUUUAGCUGUCUAAAAUAACUGCCUCUAAUAAUAUAAGAAACAAAUACAUAUUUUGAAGAGUGGGGGUGAAAACAAUUAUCUGAUGGUAAAUGAUGGUGGAUAAUCAUCAUAACACUAGUCUCCAAUUUCGAGUCUCUAAAAUACCAAAUCGUAUAUGCUUGAGUUUACUUUAAAAAGACGCCAGUAAACAAGCAGACAGCCAGAUGCAUAUAUGUGUGCAGAUACAUGCUAUCAAAAAAUGAAUAUAACUACUUCAAAGAUUAAAACUCAAAAUUAAAACUAAAAUAGCAGCUGGUCGCCACAGAAUUUCCCCAUGACCAUUCAGUGAAGCCUAGGAAGCUUUGUGUGCAUGUUUCAACCUAGCAAUUGUCCUAAGUGUCUCGUUGUUUGAAUACAGUGUUUUAAAAUGUUUAUUCUUAAAGUCCGCAAGUGCUUAUCAAAUGUAAAAUCACAAUGAGAAAA